UCAUUACAUUUUUGUAUUUAACCAGUACCUGAGAGCAGAGUAAAGCAAGUGAGUGAGUGAGCUUUGGUAGCAGUGAGAGUGAAGAGAAAAAAAAUGGCUCCCAAAGCUUUCAUCAUCUUUUUGUCUCUGUUAUCCCUUUCAGCACUGUCCCUUCUGAGCCCUUCUUCUGCACAAGAAGAUGUUCAGGACACUGGCCUUGCCAUGAACUUCUACAAGGAAACAUGUCCUCAGGCUGAAGACAUCAUCACAGAACAAGUCAAGCUUCUCUACAAGCGCCACAAGAACACCGCUUUCUCCUGGCUCAGGAACAUCUUCCAUGAUUGUGCUGUUCAAAGUUGUGAUGCUUCAUUGUUGCUGGAUUCCACAAGAAAAACCUUGUCUGAGAAGGAAACUGAUAGGAGCUUUGGGUUGAGGAACUUCAGGUACAUUGAGACCAUCAAGGAAGCUCUGGAGAGGGAGUGCCCUGGAGUUGUUUCCUGUUCUGAUAUCCUUGUUCUCUCUGCCAGAGAUGGCAUUGCUGCGCUGGGAGGACCCCAUAUCCCUCUUAGAACUGGAAGAAGGGAUGGGAGAAGAAGCAGAGCUGAUGUGGUUGAGCAGUUUCUUCCUGACCACAAUGAGUCCAUUUCUGCAGUUCUUGACAAGUUUGGUGCCAUGGGAAUUGACACCCCUGGCGUGGUUGCUUUGCUUGGAGCACACAGUGUUGGUAGAACUCACUGUGUGAAGCUGGUGCACCGUUUGUACCCAGAGGUUGAUCCAGCUUUGAAUCCAGACCACAUCCCCCACAUGCUGAAGAAGUGCCCUGAUGCCAUUCCUGAUCCCAAGGCCGUGCAGUACGUGAGGAACGACCGCGGCACACCCAUGAUUCUGGACAACAACUACUACAGGAACAUCUUGGACAACAAGGGCCUGUUGUUAGUGGAUCACCAACUAGCCAAUGACAAGAGGACCAAGCCUUAUGUGAAGAAAAUGGCCAAGAGCCAGGACUAUUUCUUCAAGGAGUUUUCUAGAGCUAUUACCUUGCUCUCUGAGAACAACCCUCUCACUGGCACAAAGGGUGAGAUCAGAAAGCAGUGCAAUGUUGCCAACAAGCACCAUGAGGAUGCUUAAUUAAUUAUUGUUGCUCCCUCCUAGUUUGUGCUUGAAUUUUCUUCCUGAGGAAGAAAUGUGUAAGAUAUUAUGCAGAAAUAAAGUGUUCUGUUUGGAUGUGUGGGUGGGGUCAAUGAGCUGAGACUAUUACUAGCUCAGAGCUUUGAUGAGUGCUGGCAGAUUCUGAUGCUUAUGGGGAUGGGAGAACAACUUGGUGCUUUGUUUUUAGUUUAAUCUUAUGAUGUAACUUGUUUUUUCUUUCUUUAAUAAAUUAUUAGUACUAGCUUA